AUGUUAUCACGUCUUGGACUUCAACAAACUUCAAGAUUAUCAUCCAAACUAGUAAGACCAACUUUAGUUAGAGGUAUAAAAACCAUACCUCAACCACCAGGAUUUAUUGUUGGAACGGUAAAUGAUGCUUAUGUACCACCAAAACCACAUAAAUUAGAAGGAUCAUAUCAUUGGACGGCGGAAAGAUUGGUAAGUAUUGGCUUAGUUCCUUUAACUUUAUUACCAAUUUUUACAGGUGCUUCAACAUUAGUUGAUUCAACUUUGAGUGCAUUAUUAUUAUAUCAUUGUUAUGCAGGUUUCCAAUCUUGUAUUAUAGAUUAUAUUCCAAAAAGAGUUUAUGGAGAUUGGUACAAUUAUGCCAUGUAUUUGUUAACUUUUGGUACUGGAGUUGCUGGUUAUGGUAUCUACGUGAUGGAAAAAAAGGAUGGAGGUAUAGUUAAUAUAGUUUCUAAAAUAUGGAAAGCUUAA